GUCGAUUCGAAGUCCAGUUAUGUGGCGAACGCCGCGGAGAGAUGACGUACUCUGUGCACAGAUUCUAACGUGUUCAAAAUAUCGCGAUUAAAAAGUAUGAACGUCAAAUAAUGGACAUAAAAGAAAUAAUCAAGUGGUUUAUACCGUGCUUCCAUAUUUUGCUAGCGUUAUUCGUCAAGAUGGACUCGAAAUUAACUUUCGUUUAUUUGUUUUUAUUUAUCAAUUUGUGCCCCACUUUUGGGGCAAGGGUAAACGUGGGGGUAGAUAUAAGUGAUAGUUUAACUUUAAAUGCAACCAAAAAUGUAGGUUUAACUGAAAGUUACAAUUUCAACCAAAGUGAGGUGAUUGAAGAGAAACUGGAUGAAACUAAAAGCAUCGAGGACACGGCUGUAGUAUCAUCAGCUCUACCUCCUAUGGGGCCUAAUUUAUGUGAUAGUUCAAACCAAGGAGAGUGUGCUAUAGCUAGAGGUAUUAGACGAAGAACCUUCGGCCGUCCCUUCAAGAAGAUGAUGGCUGGCCUGCUGCCGAUCAUCUUCCAGAUCGGAGCCGCCUCCACUUGGGCGGUCAUCGCCACGCUGGUGGGUGUCAAGACGCUCUUCGUUACCCUGGUGAUACUCAAGCUGCUGCUCGUAGCUGGCGCUGCUAAGGCUGGAGCUCUAUUCGCCAGCAAAGGUCAUCACCAAGGACAAGGGUGGCAGCCACAUCAGAAAGAAAUACAUCUGCACAUCCACAACGGCCAGUAUGGGCCGCACCCUACGGGUCAUGAGGAACAUGCUCAAACGUGGAGCAGAAAUGAAGUUGUUGAUCCAAACGGCGCCAAGAACCCCUACAACAUUGUUCUAGAACCUUACGGUCCUCAAACACUCAGCACGCCUUACGGAAAAACUACUCAAGACUCUAACAAUCCUAUUUCUACGCGAAACAACAGGCAGCAGAUGGAGAAGGCUCAUUAUGGAGUUGAGUAAGGAAGAGGUCACAAUCCUCAACUCGAUGGACCGACUAGCGACUAUGGGACCACAGAAUAUAUCGGUGCUACUUUGCGUUCUUGCCAUAUUUCCAAUGACGGUUUUCGCGAAUGAAAGAUCCGCUAGAUGGCGGGACGUGGAUGUGGGGUCUGACUGCUGCGUGAUUGGUGGAUUUUGACAUAUUAUCUGUCAAUGUCAUGUCAAAAAUAACCAAUCAUGCAGCAUUUGGACCUCGCGUCUACGUAUUGCCAUCUGGCGGAUUUUUCAUUCGCGAAAACCCUCAUCGCGCCUGUUGAACGUGCGAGACAAAAUUGGUUUAUUCCAAUUUGUACUGCAAAAUCAAAUUUACUAAAAACUUAGUGUGCUUUUUAUAUGGGAAUCUCUUGUUCAUCUAAAAUACUUAAUAGGUAUUGUUUGCUACUUUUAUCUCUGUGAAUAUGACAAGGAUGCAAAGUAACACCGUGUACUAAGGGACUAUGGACUAUGACUUAAAUAGGUACUCGUAUCUACAAGAAUUAAUGCUUGUUAAAGAUUGUUUUAGUUGAAUCUGCAACGAAUUUCACUUUAGUAUUGACUAUUCAUUUGUUCCUUACUUCGGUUCAGUUCUUUCUUACAAUUUAUUGUUUUAUUUUCCGUCCAGUGUAAAUCUUCUAAUAAAUUAUUAACUUACCUAUUUAAAGCUGUAUGUAUUUAGAAUUAUCUUAUUUAAGUAUGUAAUUACGUAUUUCCUACAUUUCAGUCGGAUAAUGAAAAUGUUAACCACGCUUUUUGUAAUUAUUUAAAAUGGGACUAUAACUUAUUUAAUGAUUAAGAUGUCAUAUAAAUGAUACUGUUUUAUUUAUUGUGUACAUAUUGUUAUAAUGGUUAGCUUUCUCGUUAAUCGACUACUUGAAAGGCUUUUUAUAUUUUAACCUACUUAGUAAUUAUAUUAAUAUUAAUUUAUUUAAUUAAGCAAUAAAAAGUUCACCAAUAGCACCAUCGUCACUGUAGUGUUAAGAUUUUAGUAUAUUUUGAAUGCAGUGUUGGCAAUGUUAAUAUUUAUUUGUUGAAUGCAAGCUUGGCUGUAAUAAAUAAAGUAUUACUAGCGACUACAUACUUUCCUACAA